AUGGCAAUGAGGUGGUUUGAUACAUUGGGAGCGAGAUCCAUUGAUUCCUUUACGGAACUCACUCAAGCCUUUGGAUCUCGCUUUAUUACAUGCAGUAGGGUUCCUUGGCCCUUAAAUUCUCUAUUGUCCAUUUCCAUGCGAGAAGGUGAGACCCUGAAAACGUACUUGAACAAAUUCUGGGAGAUGUUUAAUGAGAUUGAUGGGGAUUUUGAUGACGUUUCUAUAAGAACCUUCAAGGUCGGCCUGCCCACAGAGCAUGAUUUGAGAAAAUCCUUGACCAAGAAGUUGGUAAGGAGUGUUCUUCGGCUUAUGGAUCGCAUUGAUGAGUACAAACGGGUCGAAGAAGACCAACAGCAAGGCAAAGAAAAGGGUAAGGUUAUCCCUCAAGAGAGGAGGGAUUCCAAGUCGGAUAGAUACAACAAUAGCAGGCCCCGAAAGGAUUUUGCUGGGCAAUCUGGGCCUACAACUCCUCAAGUGGUAAACACAGUGUUCCGAGAGCCAGUACAUCAAGUCCUGGAGAAGAUCAAGAAUGAUCCAUAUUUCAAAUGGACAAACAAAAUGGGAGGAGAUCCCAUAAGGCGCAACCAAAGUCUUCAUUGUUAA